UGUUCGGUGUCCUGUCUCCUCUUACGCGCCAGCUUCUAUCCGGACAUGGAGAGGAAAGAGGCAAUCCAGGCGUGCGUGUGGAGGACAGUUUCCUGACGGUACAGGAUACCUUCAAGUACUCCUUGCUACACAUGCUGACAGUCCUCAGGAACCAAGGCAGAGAAAUUGUUUAAAAAGAGGUGCCUUUAAAUUCGCUUCCUCCAUGGAGCCCACUCAGCUUGCAGAAAAUCUCAUCCCAAACCAGCAGUCCCCUGCUCCCGAACUUAAGGAUCCUGAGGACCCCAGAGAUGAAUCCCCAGAUAGUUCAGACACUGUCGUCCUCAGUCUGUUCCCCUGCACCCCAGAGGCUGUGAAUCCUGAGGCAGAUGCCAGUGCGUCCUCACUGCAGGGAAGCUUCUUGAAGCACUCCACGACCCUCACAAACCGGCAGCGUGGGAAUGAGGUCUCAGCUCUGCCAGCCACCCUGGACUCCCUGUCUAUCCACCAGCUUGCAGCCCAAGGGGAGCUGAGCCAACUGAAGGACCAUCUGCGGAAGGGCGACAACCUGAUCAACAAACCAGAUGAGCGUGGCUUCACCCCCCUCAUCUGGGCCUCAGCCUUUGGAGAAAUUGAGACAGUUCGCUUCCUGCUCGACUGGGGUGCUAACCCCCACAUCCUGGCCAAGGAGCGGGAGAGCGCCCUGUCCCUGGCCAGCAUGGGCGGUUACACGGACAUCGUGAGGCUGCUGCUUGAGCGUGACGUGGACAUCAACACCUACGACUGGAACGGGGGGACCCCACUGCUCUAUGCUGUGCGUGGAAACCACGUCAAGUGUGUGGAGGCUUUACUGGCCCGAGGAGCUGACCUCACCACAGAGGCCGACUCCGGCUACACCCCAAUGGAUCUCGCGGUGGCCCUGGGAUAUCGCAAAGAGGCUGGGAGAGCUACGAUUCAGAGGGUAGAGGGAGACAAGGGCCUUGCCUUGAAGCAACCGAUCUCAGCAUAGCGAGCCCAGCCAUUGUGAGCGGCCUCCUGCAUCUGUCUCCCUUCCCUCCUGCUCGCUGCCUCCAUUUACACGUGCGGCUGAACAGCCUCUCCAGGCCCCUCUCCCAGCUCACGCCACCUCCUGCCUCCUCCCACAGUGCAACAGGUGAUGGAGAGCCACAUCCUCAAACUUUUCCAGAGCAGCCUGGGGCCUGCCGACCCCGAAUGAAGACAGCCUGUCGGGAACCCAGGCACUCAGGGAUGAACCAGUCAGCCCACACUGUAUUGAAAGGCAGCUCCUGGACAGUGGCGGGAAGGCCUCCCCAACAGGAACCAAUAAAUCUGUGCAGAACUUGAA